AUGGCUGGGAGCCAGGAUCAGUUAGAGAUCAAGUUUCUGUUGAGUGAUGGUUCGGAUAUUGGCCCUAAAAGUUAUGCUGCUGCUACUAGUAUUGCAACACUGAAAGAAAGUGUUCUUGCUGAAUGGCCAAAAGAUAAGGACUAUGGACCAAGAACUGUCAAAGAUUUGAAGUUAAUUAGUGCCGGACAAAUAUUGGAGAACAACAAAACAGUGGGAGAAUGUCAGAGUCCAUUGUGUGAUCUCCCUGGUGGAGUUACAACAAUGCAUGUGGUUGUGCAACCACCCUCUGUGGAAAAAGAUAAGAAAGUAGCAAGUGAAGCAAAGUUGAACAAAUGUCAUGGUUCUGCGCCCACGCAACUGACACGACCUUCAACACAACAAUACACAACCUCGCCGGAAAAUUCCUCGCCGUUUCCGGUCUGGGCGAUGGCCUCUGCAACGUCGUUUUCGGGCCUCGUGCUUCGUCAUUCCGUUCCAAUUCGCAGCAACAGAAGCCACGCUCGAUUCACGCAGUUUCAAGUCUCCUUCGGAUUUCCCGCGAAUCCCACUUCGCUGAAGAGUUUGAAUUCGGUGCCGUGCAAGAAAAGAGAAGCUUUCUCCAAUGGGUCUCCUAGAACGCGAAGAAAUCUGGCGCUGUUCUCUGUUCGCUGCUCGGUUUCAUCAAGUGGAAAAAUUACACAACAGGAAUUCACGGAAAUGGCAUGGCAAGCGAUUAUCUCAGCGCCAGAAGUUGCUAAGGAGAACAAGCAUCAGAUUGUGGAGACUGAGCACUUGAUGAAAGCUUUGUUAGAGCAAAAGAAUGGACUUGCUCGCCGGAUCUUUUCUAAGGUUGGGGUAGAUAAUACUAGGCUUCUUGAGGCCACUGAUAAGCACAUUAAGCGACAGCCUAAGGUUCUAGGGGAAUCAGCUGGUUCAAUGUUGGGGCGUGAUUUGGAGGCAUUGAUUCAGAGAGCCAGGGACCUGAAGAAAGAAUAUAGGGACUCAUUUGUGUCAGUUGAGCACUUUGUUCUUAGUUUUGCUCAAGAUAAACGAUUUGGGAAGAUUUUGUUUAGAGAUUUUCAAAUAUCUGAGCAAGGUCUUAAAUCUGCCAUAAAGUCCAUAAGGGGACGCCAAUCAGUUAUUGACCAAGAUCCUGAAGGAAAGUAUGAAGCCUUGGAAAAGUAUGGGAAAGAUUUAACAGCAAUGGCUAAAGCAGGAAAACUUGACCCAGUCAUAGGAAGAGAUGAUGAAAUACGCAGGUGCAUUCAGAUUCUCUCCAGAAGAACAAAGAAUAAUCCUGUGCUAAUUGGAGAGCCUGGUGUUGGAAAAACAGCAAUCUCUGAAGGAUUGUGCAUACUGCCAUGGUUUGCAGUUACUGUGAUUGCAGGCAUUGUGGCUACUGCAAGCGAUGUCGUUGUGGCAUUUUUUCCAAGCUUGCAAUCACGAAAUGGUGAUGUAGUUGCAAACACUGCAUCAACUGUGAUAUUGCAGCCACAUGAGAAAUGCCUUGGAAACAGACUAGCUCAAAGAAUUGUUCAAGGAGAUGUUCCUCAAGCUUUGAUGAAUCGAAGGCUCAUAUCCCUUGAUAUGGGUGCACUAAUUGCUGGAGCAAAGUACAGGGGAGAAUUUGAAGAUAGACUGAAAGCUGUUCUCAAAGAAGUAACAGAAUCUGAUGGUCAGACUAUCCUUUUCAUUGAUGAAAUCCAUACAGUUGUUGGGGCAGGUGCUACAAAUGGUGCUUUGGAUGCUGGUAACCUCUUAAAGCCUAUGCUUGGUCGGGGGGAGCUGCGAUGUAUUGGUGCAACAACAUUAGAUGAGUAUCGAAAGUAUAUUGAGAAGGACCCUGCACUUGAGCGUCGUUUCCAGCAAGUUUAUGUUGACCAACCAUCAGUUGAAGAUACCAUUUCAAUACUGAGGGGACUGCGUGAAAGAUAUGAGCUGCAUCAUGGAGUUCGCAUUUCUGACAGUGCACUUGUAGAUGCUGCAAUUCUCUCAGAUAGAUACAUAAGUGGGAGGUUUUUACCUGAUAAAGCUAUUGAUCUGGUUGAUGAAGCUGCUGCAAAACUAAAAAUGGAAAUUACUUCAAAACCUACUGCACUUGAUGAGAUUAAUCGGUCAGUCUUGAAACUUGAGAUGGAGAGACUCUCUCUCAUGAAUGAUACAGACAAGGCUUCGAAAGAUAGAUUAUAUCGUCUUGAGACAGAACUCUCUCUCUUAAAAGAGAAACAGGAUCAAUUGACUGAGCAAUGGGAGCAUGAAAAGUCAGUAAUGACUCGUCUGCAAUCUAUUAAAGAGGAGAUAGACAGGGUAAAUCUUGAGAUUCAACAGGCUGAGCGAGAGUAUGAUCUUAAUCGUGCUGCUGAAUUAAAGUAUGGCAGUCUAAACUCCUUGCAACGACAGCUUGAAAGUGCAGAAAAGGAGUUGCACGAAUAUUUGAACUCUGGUAAGUCUAUGUUGAGAGAGGAAGUUACUGGAAAUGAUAUUGCUGAAAUUGUAAGCAAGUGGACUGGUAUUCCAAUUUCAAAACUUCAACAAUCAGAGCGAGAGAAGUUGUUGUAUUUGGAAGAAGAGCUUCAUAAACGUGUUGUUGGUCAAGAUCCCGCUGUUAAGGCAGUAGCUGAGGCUAUCCAACGUUCAAGAGCAGGUCUUUCAGAUCCCCAUCGCCCAAUUGCUAGCUUCAUGUUUAUGGGACCAACGGGUGUGGGAAAGACUGAGCUAGCGAAGGCCCUUGCUUCAUAUUUGUUCAACACAGAAGAAGCACUUGUACGAAUUGACAUGAGUGAGUACAUGGAAAAACAUACUGUCUCAAGAUUGAUUGGGGCUCCCCCUGGAUAUGUUGGGUAUGAAGAGGGAGGGCAAUUAACAGAGACAGUUCGGCGCAGACCUUAUUCUGUCAUUUUGUUUGAUGAGAUUGAGAAGGCACACUCAGAUGUUUUCAAUGUAUUCCUUCAAAUCUUGGAUGAUGGAAGAGUAACAGAUUCACAAGGCCGGACCAUAAGUUUUACCAACACGGUUAUCAUUAUGACCUCAAAUGUUGGAUCACAGUACAUUCUCAACACAGAUUCUGACACUGUGCCAAAAGAGUCAGCAUACGAAACCAUGAAGCAGAGGGUAAUGGAUGCUGCAAGAUCAAUCUUUCGCCCUGAGUUCAUGAAUAGAGUUGAUGAGUAUAUUGUUUUCCGGCCUCUAGACCGGGACCAAAUAAGUAGUAUUGUCAGGUUACAGUUGGAGCGCGUGCAGAAGAGAAUUGCUGAUCGCAAGAUGAAAAUCCAAGUAACAGAAGCUGCAAUCCAACUUCUUGGAAGUUUGGGGUAUGAUCCAAACUAUGGUGCUAGACCAGUCAAGCGAGUGAUUCAGCAAAAUGUGGAGAAUGAACUUGCCAAGGGUAUUCUUAGAGGAGAGUUCAAGGAUGACGACACAAUUUUAGUGGACACAGAAGUCACAGCAUUUGCCAAUGGUCAACUUCCCCAGCAAAAGCUUGUUUUUAGGAGGAUUGGAACUGAUUCAGAAUCCAGUUCUACUGCUAAAGACAGCAGGGAAAGCUUUCCACAGAUUCUGUGA